GAAGUGAGCAUCAAACUGGGCAGGGGUCUCAACGCCAGCCGCAUCACGGAGGGAGUGGACGUGUACAUGGAGUGCUCCGUUCUCGUCACUGCGAGAAUCGCCGACGUUAAAUGGAGUCGUGACGGCCAAGAGCUCGACGAGGACCUGACCGAGGGCAUUGUGAUGACUUCUCGCUACUUGGUGAUCAGAGGGGUGACUCCCAGCCACACUGGUAGCUACACGUGCCGAGUCACUAGCACACGCGGCGACACCGUCGAGAGCACGCCGCUUCUCAUCCGCGUCAGAUACCCUCCCAGGUGCGAUUCUGAGGAAGAUCGCAUCCUGCGCGUUGAGAAAGACGCUGCCAUCAACGUGACCUGCAACGUGCGAGCCGAUCCUAGCGUUGGCCUACGCUAUUUCUGGCUCACGGAUAACGCCACGGAAGUUACGGAAGCCACGACGAGAAGCAAGCCCACCCGCCCCAAGCAAGCGGAAGCACCACUGGUGACGGCGUCGGAGCGCCUGGAGAUCAUCGCCAAUGCUUCCCUCUUCAAUGCGGCUCUCGCGUGCUGGGCGGAGAAUGCUGUGGGAACUCAGAGGAAGCCCUGCCGAUUCAAGUUCGUAUACAAGGGAGAGGACUCGCCCAACGUUACGUGCACGGUCGGCAAUUACACGGACAGUUCGUUCUCGCUGACCUGUCUCACACCUCUUGUCAACGGCACGACGCCGGCGUCCUCAACGAGGCUGAGACAGGACCGGCGACUCCGUGUACAGGUGCUCGACACUGCGAGGGGCAACCGGUCUGAACGGAGCUUCUGGAGCACGGACCUGGGCCCGAUACUCGUCAACCGACUCCGCUCUUCCACCGACUACUUGGUCGUGGUUCGAAUGCCUCCGGAUGCGAGCUUCCGGACAUGGGUGCGCACUCUGGGCCCAGCUCAAACCCUGAUUAGUCAAGGAGAUAUCAAGAGGAACACUCAUGAUGGACGCUGGACACUUGCCCUGAGCGUCGUCGUGUUGGCAUGCAGCUUGGCUGUCACUCUGAUAGCAGUGACCGGCAUCUACUGCACGCACGCCCGCAGGAGGCAGAAGAGGAAGCGACGAAAGCCACCAGACAAGAAUUUCAAGAGCGACACCAGUUUGAAUGGGCGUGAAGACGUUGACUCUGUGGACAUUAAAGACCACAAGGCCUACCUCGCUACGACGGAUAGCUGCUGACAGCUCAGAGCUCACGUGCUGUAUAAAGUAUACUGAACUCAGAUCGGCAGCUAUCGAUAUCAUAGGGAAGAGCUACGGAGAUUUUUUGAUGCGGAUUGCCGUUUGGUGAUGCGCGAAGUAGAUAAGGAAGGGAACUUCGCGGACGCCAACUGACAUUAGAGAGUUUUGGCUCAGCCGCAAACGUAUGAGCGUUCACGGAAUACAUUGUUACCGGAACCGUAGACGGCACUGGCAACGCUGGGAGCGACAGAUUGUGAUGCGUUGUCAAACCUUAACGCGUGAGAAGUUUUUUUAGCUCCUAGGGUGUUCUCAUCGAAGAAAAAAAAGAAACAGUGUGUUAAUGACCACGUCGCUACUAAUUUUUCAUACCAGCAGCUACGUGUAAUAUGAUUGACCAGAAAAGUAGUGCCUCUGUGUCCUCUCUGGUUAAAUUCUAUGCCACAAAAUGGCGCAGACAAUGCGGUUUUUCAAUUUCUUGUCUCCCGUAAGCCGUGAAGGGUAAGGCGUUUUACGGACCAUCUAAAUCACUCUAGUCUAUUGCAAUAACGGCGACCGAGGUUCAUGGUCCGUACUGCGUGAAAGUUGCUAGCACCAAAAUGACCAUUUUUUUUUUCAGAUGAGGCACCUUUAACUAAGUAGAUUUAAGUACACGCAUCUCAGGGACUGCUGCGUUGAUUCAAGGAAGCCGGAUUCUGCUACAGAAUGCGACUGCGUGACAUCGGGCUUAGUAUGACGCUGUAUAUCUAUGUGCGAAACUAAUACUCUUCGGGAGUAUGCGACGCUUUGACAUGCUUUGUGACGACGAUAGCCGUACAAGACAAUAGUCUGUCUAGCUCCUUCUUUUCUUUUUCUUCGCCCUCUCAUUUUACUUUUCUGUCAUUUCUUCUAUCCUUUUCCUGAGCACGUGGCCGCCUUUCGGAGAUAUCGUCUAGUAAACUUUCCUUGAUUUCCUUAUCUUCGAUCUUUCCGUUUAUCUCGCAGGAUAGGCAUGCCGCUGCUCGACUGGGAAACAAAUAACCUCAAAGCACAAUUGAAAUUAGAAUCAAAAACAGGAUAUCUGUUCUCAGCUCUAUACGCAACCCUUGUGUAGUCCUCAUCUCUCUUAUCCACACUUGUUUGAAUUUUUUGUUACACGUGUGUGGAGGAAAUACGCAUUUGGUGGAGCUAAACGUUUACUAACGAAAGCCCCAGUAGACAAAGAGGCCAUAUGGAAAGAGUUGCCCCCUUCCGAAUUUCACAACUCUUAAUGACAUGAUCCGUUAGAGAGAUCCACCCAAGGCGUCUACGCGUUUUGUUUUUCUUUGCAGAGAUGAGUUCAUACUAGUACACGUAAAAUCUGCCCCCGUGCUUCGGCUUACCCGCACGGUAAAUAAUGCGCCUUAACUUGAAGCCACGCUUGAUUUCAUCUCAAUGAGGCCUGGGGUGAAUGUACCCAAGACUUUCAUUGUGUCUCCUUCGGCGCGUUCACGUCAGGCUAUAUUUAGAACAAGUCAAGCAUGGGCUUCAACUUCAAGCGCAGUUCAGAAUACGUGGGUUAGUAAAAAAAAUUUUUUUUUCUCUUUCACUUGCACGCAAAGAAAAAUAAAAACAACUUGCUCCCUUUUA